UGCAAUACUGCUGUUCCAGUAUACAAUGUGUUUGGCAGCAAUUUAUGUUAUCGUAAUUGUACAAUCUGCUGGGCUCAAUUCUCUAUCAAGUUUGAACUUUUUUAAAGAAGGGCAUGUUUUUGAGAUUUUGGAUGCAUGCAUUAUUGAUACCCAACCCCUUCUUAUCAAUUCUCUUGGACAGUGUGCAUCGCAAUGUGGAAUGAAUUCACUCUGUAUCGCUUUUGAUUAUUGCUCUCUUUACGGGUUCCACACCUGUCGAUUCCGCUUUGGACAACCCACACUUUCAACCACCACAACACAAUGUGGAUUUUACAAAAUAACAACUAACAAAGACUACCCAGAUGGAGUCUUUAUAAGAUCUCAAGGAAUAUGCAAGAACAUGACAGUUUUUCCGGGACUUGCAUUGCUUAAACCUACUCAGCAGUCGUCAACCUAUAGAUUUUAUACAGCGGGGUAUGCAGUAGAUGGUAUCAAUGGUACAGACUUGGCCGUAGACAAGUGUUCCUCAACAGACGGUGGUGACACAAACCCCUGGUGGAUGGUAGAUCUACAGACUGUGUAUUCCAUAACAUCUGUCAAAAUAUUCAACAGAGGACUGGAACAAGGUGGAAUACCUGUGCCAGAUCGCCUGCGGAAUGUUACUGUCACUGUAGGGCUGACAGAAUCAACGGUCAACACUCUCUGUGGCUGCUAUGUUGGUCCCGGUACUCUGUCUCAGGUGGUUAUCAUCGACUGUCCGACAUUACCACAGGGGAGAUUCGUAAAGGUCUCCAAAACAACCGAGCAUCUUACUCUUUGUGAGGUUGACGUGUUUGGAGUCACCGUAUAAUUAUCAUCAUGGCGGGUGUCUUAGCUUGAAAGUUAGAGUAAAUCGCUAUAGAGUGUAACAUGGUUAUAAUCAAUUGACGCUAACAGCGAAGGAAUUUUCUUUCCCCGUGACUUUAUUGGAUGUUAUUAACUUGAUGGAUAUAACGAAAAAAAAAACUCAUAACGAAGUUAAAUUAUC